CAUUUGACUCGUACUGCCUUCCAAGGAAAAACUUGGCUGUGGAAGCAUUCAAAUUCAAUGUUAUUGUGCAGAAACAAAAUCAACCUUUCGCUGAAUUUGAAACGGAAUUACGUACACAAAUGGCGUUUUGCGAAUUCGAAUGUGACAAUUGCCAAGCAUCUUAUGCGGAUCGAAUGCUUCGCGAUCGGCUGAUAAUUGGCAUUCGAGAUAAAAGUCUGCAGCUGAAGUUAUUGGAUGCGAAGGAUGAGCCACUAAACAAUGUCGUAGAAAUGUGUAAAAUCCAUGAAGCUGCCUCCGAACACAAACAACUGUUUGAAAAAAGUGAAGCUCAAAGCCUCAACAGUGUUGAAAUGCAGGACGGAAGUAAAGAUGUAGCCGCCAUUCAACGGUCCGAUUUCCACAACGUCAGUUGCUUUAAUUGUGGCCAAGCUUACAACGGGAGCCAUCGUCGCUACUGUCCAGCGAAAAAUGUGAAUUGCAACAAUUGCGGACGACGAGGUCACUUAAAGAAAUUCUGCAAGGCUGCCAAGAACAACAAUACUACUAGGGUACCGCUGGAAGCAACGCGAGCACAAAUUGGUUCGAAGCAGAAGAUAGAGAAAAACGUACAUAUGAUUGCAUGGUCUGAAUCAGAGUAAACUCUAAUGAAACAACAGGAGGAUCUAAUGUCAAAUGGACUAAACGAUACCUUAUUCAGGACAGGCCGGUAGAAUUCAAGCUUGAUACGAGCGCUGAUGUCAAUUGUAUUCCGUUGAGAGUGGUGAACCCUAUGAAUUUAACUUUGUCGAACGAGUGUUCGUUUAAUAUUGUGGACUAUAACAAUAAUUACAUUAAAAUACACGGUCAGGUUCGUUUAACCUGU